UGGCCGUGCCAGCGCCACCGGCCGGCGCCAGCCCUCCUGCCUCUGCGGGCGGCAGCCGCCUGCCCGGCACAGGCACGGCUGGGACGGGAAUCGUGGCCCUGUAGAGUCCGUCCACAGCUGAGGAUCUGGGCCACGCCGGGUGAGAGCAGAAGUCUCAGUGCCUCCCCAAGAGAGUUGACCCCUGGGCUGGCACAGAACGGUGGGCACCUGAGGUCAAAGCCGGAGCUCCCAAGAGGAGCAGCCGGGGUGGUCCAGUGUGCCGUCUGCUUGAAGGAAAGGUGCAGGGACAACCGAGCGACUGUUUGCUCCUUUCCCCUGCGGAAGAGAAACCUGAGAAAGACUUCUGCCCAGGAGCCUGGGGGAACGGGCAUGGGUGCAAGGCUAGAGAACUGGCGUGGUCGCUUCCUGGGACCCUCUCCCGACCCCACGGGCGUCUGCGGACGGUGCCUCCGGGACCCUCUCCCAGCCCCACAGUCGUCCGUGGACAGUGCCCCUGGGCCACUCUCCCAGCCCCGCAGGCAUCUGUGGACGGUGCCCCUGGGACGCUCUCCCGACCCUGCAGGUGUCCAUGGAUGGUGCCCCCGGGACGCUCUCCCGACCCCGCGGGUGUCCGUGGACGGUGCCCCUGGGACGCUCUCCCAGCCCCACAGUCGUCCGUGGACAGUGCCCCUGGGACGCUCUCCCAGCCCCACAGUCGUCCGUGGACGGUGCCCCUGGGACCCUCUCCCAGCCCCACAGUCGUCCGUGGACGGUGCCCCCAGGACGCUCUCCCAGCCCCGCGAGUGUCCGUGGACGGUGCCCCUGGGACGCUCUCCCAGCCCCACAGUCGUCCGUGGACAGUGCCCCUGGGACCCUCUCCCAGCCCCACAGUCGUCCGUGGACGGUGCCCCUGGGACCCUCUCCCAGCCCCACAGUCGUCCGUGGAUGGUGCCCCUGGGACGCUCUCCCAGCCCCGCAGGCGUCCGUGGACGGUGCCCCUGGGACGCUCUCCCGACCCCACAGGCGUCCGUGGACGGUGCCCCUGGGACCCUCUCCCAGCCCCACAGUCGUCCGUGGAUGGUGCCCCUGGGACGCUCUCCCAGCCCCGCAGGCGUCCGUGGAUGGUGCCCCUGGGACCCUCUCCCAGCCCCGCAGUCGUCCGUGGAUGGUGCCCCUGGGACGCUCUCCCAGCCCCGCAGGCGUCUGUGGACGGUGCCCCUGGGACGCUCUCCCAGCCCCGCAGUCGUCCGUGGACGGUGCCCCUGGGACACUCUCCCGACCCCACAGGCGUCCAUGGAUGGUGCCCCCGGGUGCAGCAGUGCCCAGGGAACCCUGCUCGGCUCGCGUCUCACCGUGCUCUCUCGCCCUCGGGUCUAGGGUGAUGUCUUUGCCUGCAACUUCAUCCCCUGCCCAUCAGGGGUGGGGUGCAGCUGCUAGCUGACUCCCAAGCUGCUGUGUCCCUCUGGGGAGCGACGCCGCAGGCGGCUGGGCCCACGUGCGUCCGUGUUUCCGUGGCUUCCCCAGCUCCAGACACGGCAGGGCUUCCUGAAACCACAGCCCAGGUCUCUGGAGUGUGCCAGGCCCAGCAGCAGAGGCAGACAGCCUCUUAGAUGACUGUGGAUGUGCACUCGGCUUCAAGCACUCACGCCUUUGGGAUCACAAGAUAACACGUGUUUUGAUCAAACAUGGUAACGUAGCGAUAAGGGGAGAAACCCGUAGCCCAUCAGAAGCUCACCUCGCAGGAGCGGCCUGCAGAAGUGUCUGGAAGCUUGCAAUAUGUGUGCGCACACACAAGCUUGACACAUAGAAGGUUCUGGAAGAAGUCAGAGGGCUUUUCACAAACAAGGGCGUGUGAGUGUGACCUGGGUCUGGUUGGGUGAGGCUCCAUCCAGGGGAAGAGGCGUUGAGAGACGCAGCAGGGUUUGCGGGGAGCAGCUGGUCAGGUGUGUUCCGGAGGGCAGCCAGUGACCUGCUUGAGGCCCUGCUGGCCAGGACGAAGGGGACACACAGGAGGGCUGACCGCAGAACAGAGGCAUGGCUGGCUCUGUGGCCACGUGGGUGUGAGGGCCACCAUCGGGUGGCGCAGUGAGACACAGUCAGAACAGGCGGGGUUGGGUGACAGGCGGACUGGGCAGGUCCAAGAGCAAUCAGAGGCACCCUCCAUCCCACUUCCAGCUGAGCCACCAGAUUGUCACUGUCACCCAGGAUGGCAAAGGCAGGACUGGAAGUUAGUUUGGGAAGAGGAGGAUUUGGUGCUGGGAUUUGCAAUAUGCGGUGCCCACAGGAGCCAGGGCUGGGCAGAGGGGAGGGAGCCGAGGUGGCUCCUCCUUCCUCUCAUCAGCUCGUCCUGCACAGCACCUACCUCCAGGCUCGGCGUGCCCACAGCACUCCUCCACCUUACACUGUCCUGCCCAUGGUGGACAAGGUGGCCAGGGUGGCCGCCAGCCUGUCCAGAUGUGCACCUUAGGACUUCCGACUGCAGAUGUAGAAGGACCCCCCGCUGCGAUUCCCAGGUCCAUGUGGCUGGGAGAGAGAAUGCUCCUGGCCUGUAGCAACGUCCACUGCUGGAAAGUGUGCAGACAGAGACCCCGCCCGGGUCACCCCGCCGGGGUAGGCAGAAAGGUGCAGGGUAGCAGCCGAGGGGCAGGAAGGAAGGACACUGGGUGGCUGCCCCAGAGGCGUCCACUCUGGCAGGAUUUCUGGGCUGUUUGUGACACCGCAGGCUUUGCCCAGCCUUUCUGUCCAUCGUGCAAAUGUGUGGCUCCCGGACUCAGGAAGGGCUUGGCCGAGCGGUUCUUCUGCUCCUCACUGCGUGGCACUGACCUGACAGCCGAACUGGUCUUCAGAGUCCAAGAUGGCUUCACUCCCGUGCCCGGUGCCUUGGCAGGGACGCUGGGCUCUGUCCCUUCUCCCCGUGCACGUCGACCCAGGGCCUCUGUCUGUGAUCCUUCCACCAGCGUCACUGGGCUCUGUACACAGCGGCCUGGGCUCCUGGAGGGCACGGGACAGCUGCCAAUUCUCCCAGAGGCUAGCACAGAGCUGACAUAGCGCUGCUUCGUUGGUGAAAGCAGUCACAGGCUAGCCCAAGCCAGAGGGGGAGAAACAGACCUGGCUUCUCAGCUGGGAGGCGCGGCCAAGACUUUGGGGCCGUUCUGUAGUGGUGGUUGUUCUUGUUUACUUUCGUCUAACUUGAAAGGCCGAGAGACAGAGACAGAGUGAGGGGGAGAGAGAGAGAGAAUUUCUGUCUACUGGUUCAUUCCCCAAGUGCCCACCUUAUCCAGGGAUGGGCCCGACCAAAACAGGAGCCAGAAGCCUGGAAUUCAGCCUGCGUCUUCCACAUGGGUGGCAGGGACCCACACACUUGAGCCGUCACCUGCUGCCUCCUAGGGUGUGCGUAGGCAGGAAGCUGAAUUGGAAGCGGAGCUGGGACUGAAGCCCCACAUGAGACGCGGGUGCCCGGGACAGCAUCUUCACCUCCACACCAGGCACCUCCUCCUGUGGUUGUCCAUUUGCACUUAUCUAUUGGAAACACAGAGAGAUGGCAAGAGAGACGGAGACGAAGCAAGCUCCAUCCGCUCCCAAAUGCCUGCAGCGACGGCCUGGGACUGAGUCCAGGUCUCCGUGCGAGUGGCAGGAACCCCAGUGCCGGCCUCCGCGGGAGGUCUCCAGGACGCUGGCCCACUGCCCUGGUCCACCGGUGGUUCCCUGUGUCCCCUUCAAGGGAAGGCCCCGAGUGGGCCCCAGCUGCCACGUCACUGAGGGCGUGAAGACAGGUGUGGCCGUGUCCAAGUCCUCUCCCCUCUAUACAGCCACAACGCACGAAUUUCCUCUUAGAAAUUGUUACCUAGGGUUGCUUGCCAUGCCUUAAACUCUCGAGCCGAAAGGGAUUGUUGUCAGAACUGUGUCGCAUCAUCAUGGUCGGCGACAUGGUACCCAGAGCCAGAGAGGCAGCAGGCUGAGCUGAUGCCACGGCGACCCCAGCCAGGCUGGCCGCUCCGCACGCUUUAUGCCUGUGAGGUGGCCGGCGCUUCGUUCAGCAGACAAGGAUGGGUUCCCUAGGGAACGGCAGGCCCUGGGCACGGGGACAGAGAUGCCCAGAGCCCCCCUGCAGCUCUCUCUCUGCCCGUCGCACAGCCCCUCCGGCGGCCACCAGGGUGAUCCCGAGGCCUCCAGACCAAGCCGCAGGAGCCCGCCCUGGCUGCCCCUCCCGUGAGACGGAAGACGCCCCGACAGUCACGCACACCCCUUCCCGCGGGCCCCAGCGAGACCGUGCGCCAGAGACACCAGUGGGGCGCGCUCAUGCUGGGAGGUCAACCCUGAGCUGAUGCUACACUGGCCACGGCUCCAGACAGCAGUGUGCCGUCUAAACAGUCCAGGAGCCGAAGACAGCGGACACGCGGGUCCCGAGUCAGCCCAGAGGAGCAUGUCCAAUGUCCCUUUGAACAGCUGCCCAGGACGCAACCCAAAGGCCAGGGGGAGAGAGGGGCCUGGGAGGAAGAGGCCAGUGCCCCAGGCCUCAGCGCGCCCUGUCUCCUCCUGGGCUGCCACCCCCACUCAGCACCCCCCGGCACCCCGCUGCUCCCUAGUUGUCUGGCAGCUCAAGUACACAAGCAGGGUGCACAGGGCAGGGUGCAGAGAGCUGCAUCCCCACCAGGGCAGAUCCGGAAGGCGAGGGCGGGGUCCCCCGGGCCUCCAGCCGAGCACAGCCUGGCCCGGGCCUCCUCCUGCGACACUGUGCUGCUGCUUCUGCCACAGACAGGCCAGUUAUAAACAGAGCUGCUUCCAGGAAGGGCCGAGAACACGUUGGCUCCGUGGGAGUGCAAGUGGGUGUGGGGCUGCCGGGGGCCCCGGGGAUGCCUGGUGACUCACUGGCGGGCGCCUUCAGGGUGGGCUCAGCUGGCAACGAAAAUGUAGCUUUGGCGCAGGACCUCUGGAAGUUCCCCCAAAGUACCCAAAGGAGAUGUAUUUGAAGUCCUAUUUAAAAAAAAAAUGUAUUUAUCUGAACGUCAGAGUUACAGAGAGAGAGAUAGUCCACCCACUGGUUUAAUCCCCAGAUGGCCACAACAGCAGGAGCCGGGCCACACCAAAGCCACGAGCCUCAUCCGGGUCUUUCAUGUGGGUGCAGGGGUCCAAGCACUUGGGCCAUCUUCUGCUGCUUUUCCCCAGCACAUUAACAGGGAGCUGGAUCAGAAGUGGAGCAGCCAGGACUCGAACCGGAACCUAAAAGGGAUGCUUGGCAUUGCAGGCAGUAGCUUUACCCGUUGUGCCACAGUGCCAGCCCCUGAAUUAGAAGUCUUGAUCUGUCUUGGGCAUUCAGGAUUUUCUAAUUCUCCGUGCUUUGUAUACAAUGUAUCUGUACAUUAAUGUAAAAAUCGGAAGUUCACAGAGAGGUACUUGAAGUGUGCCAAGAUAUUGGAGUUCUCACACACACUGAUGGUGUGAGAUGAUGGCUGUGUUAAUUGGCUGGACUGUAGUAAUCAUUUCACAGUGCAUACGUGAAUCAAACAUCACGUUGUGCACCUGCAGGGUGGGGACCGUUUUUCUGCCAGGAUCACUUGGAGUUUGUAGCAUCAUUCGUGGGCCGCACAGAAUCAGCAGCCUGCAAAGCCUGCCGUGGCUUCCUGAAUCUCGUGUCCGUCUGCGCCUGCCUUGGCGGGGCCAGCCCAGGUGCUUUCGCAGGCCUUGUACAGCCUGAGGCCGGACGUGGGACGCUCCCCACUCUGCGCCCAGUGUGUGCAGUUCGUGAUUGUCAGUCCUCCCCCAAUAAGCGGGGGGCGUGGAAGAAAGCCCGUCGUGUUCCUGGUUGCGCGCCUACUCCUGGUAGGGUUUUCUUCCUGCCGUGACCCGUGUCUCCUUUAUGCGCCUCCCCUCAGGACCUGGGCUCUCGGGUUAUCAGGGUGCUGUCUCGAUGGAGACGCUGGUGAACCACCUGCCCUAGCGUAGGCUGAGUGUCCCAGGCCAUCUGCGUGUGCUGUGAUCUGAAGACUGGGGGGGGGGGGGCCAGACUCCUGCUCAGACAUCACUGAUGGGCGCGCCUCGCUCCUGUGUGUAGAGGUGUGCUGGCAGCCCGAGUGUAGGGUAGGCCAGGGCCUGUGUGUAGGGGUGUGCUGGCAGCCCGAGUGUAGGGUAGGCCAGGUCCUGUGUGUAGAGGUGUGCUGGCAGCCCGAGUGUAGGGUAGGCCAGGGCCUGUGUGUAGAGGUGUGCUGGCAGCCCGAGUGUAGGGUAGGCCAGGUCCUGUGUGUAGGGGUGUGCUGGCAGCCCGAGUGUAGGGUAGGCCAGGUCCUGUGUGUAGGGGUGUGCUGGCAGCCCGAGUGUAGGGUAGGCCAGGUCCUGUGUGUAGAGGUGUGCUGGCAGCCCGAGUGUAGGGUAGGCCAGGGCCUGUGUGUAGGGGUGUGCUGGCAGCCCGAGUGUAGGGUAGGCCAGGUCCUGUGUGUAGGGGUGUGCUGGCAGCCCGAGUGUAGGGUAGGCCAGGGCCUGGCACGCAUGCAAAAGGUAGGAGUGGGAGUGCGUCAGCCGUGGGAGAAGGGGUGGGGGCAAAGGUCCCAGGGUCUCCUAGGGCCUGUGUAUUAAGAGUACUGAUGGCGUUGGUGCUGUGGCGUAGUGGGAAAAGCCACGGCCCUGGAGGCUGGCAUCCCAUAGGGGCACCGGUUCAAGUCCCGGCUGUUCCACUUCCUAUCCAGCUCCCUGCUGACGCACCUGGGAAAGCAGUGAUGGUUUUCUGCACCCUCAUGGGAGGCCCGGAGGACACUCUUGGCUCCCAGCUUUGCCCAGGCCCAGCCCUGGCAGAGUGUGCCAGCAGAUGGAAGCUCGCUCUCUCCCUCUCUCCACGUAGCUCUGUCUUUCAAGUAAAUACAAUAAACCUUAGAAUAAAAGAGCACUGACAGCAUGUGUCUGCUGCACCCCGGUGGUUAUCUUCAGUUUAAUGUCGCUCAAGGGGAUGACAAGACCUUGCUAAGCUUGGGUUUGCAAUGCUCUCUUCUUUUUUUUUUUUUUUUUGACAGGCAGAGUGGACAGCGAGAGAGAGAGACAGAAAGGUCUUCCUUUUGCCGUUGGUUCACCCUCCAAUGGCCGCCGUGGCUGGCGCACUGCACUGAUCCGAAGCCAGGAGCCAGGUGCUUCUCCUGGUCUCCCAUGGGGUGCAGGGCCCAAGGACUUGGGCCAUCCUCCACUGCACUCCCGGGCCACAGCAGAGAGCUGGCCUGGAAGAGGGGCAACCGGGACAGAAUCCGGCACCCUGACCGGGAUUAGAACCUGGUGUGCCGGUGCCGCAAGGCGGAGGAUUAGCCUAGUGAGCCGCGGCGCCGACCCCUUUUUUUUUUUUUUUUUUAAAGGAUUGUUAUUUCUCCACUCUUGGUGCCAUUGCUACGUGUACCCUAGGUUACAGGAGACAGGAAUUCUAGGCUCAUAGUAAAUCCCUGAUUCUCACCCCCACACCUGAUUGACAGCCGUACACAACUCCUUCAAGCCUUGCCUGUUUCCCAUGGGUAGGAUUGAGAUUAAUCCUGUAGCUUGAAAUAUCGUAGAUGUUUGAAGAUGCACAGAAUUGCAUGUGUUUUGUGGAAUUUGGAGACCUCACAAUCACUUAAAAAUAUUGUUAAACUAUAUUGGACUUUUUUCUUUCAAAUUUAAAACAAUUUUGAAAAUUUUCCAGAAAUUCCGCAAAACAAAUCUUUGAAACAGAUAACACUGGGCCAGGACCCCGCCUUGUUCUCUGUCAGAGCCCUGGAUCCAUGGUUUUGGGUCCACAGACAAGGCUGCCAUCAGGAUUCGGGGCAGAGGCAAAGACCCUGGGGUCAGGAGACAGAAAACGGCCUUCGCUGUGAUCCAAGGGCAGCUGGGGGGGGGGGGGGGCAGAAAUCCGACCCCAGGCCCCUAGGCCGUGCCUCCUCCGUGAGCAGGCCGGGAUGGCGCCAGGAGGACCUGCCGUGGCCGCGGUUGGGGGAUCCCUGCUGUCUGUGUGUGGACUCCAUCUAACGCCCUAACCACGCUCUCCGCAAAAGCACAAAGGUGACGUUCUCCUUCUCUGAAGUAGCCUUGCUUUGCUGUUUUAAGAACCAGUGUUAGCGUGACAGGGCCACUGCCAGACCACACGGCCCUUCCGUGGCCCUUCCUCAAGACACUGACAUCGUCUGUUGGAAAAUUCAGAGAAAGCUACGGACUGUGUUAGCGCCAGACUCUCUGCUGCCAUCUCCUGGAAAGUUGGAUAAGUGCAUACGGCUCUGAUCGCAGAGGUGGUGGCAGCCCCCACCCCUGCACCUCCAGGGGACCCAGCUCUCUAACCAGGGAGUGCAUUAUGGUUUUUGUUUUUCUAAGGAUUUAUUUAUUUGAAAGGCAGAGUCACAGAGAGAGAGAGGCAGAAAAAGAGAGACAUCUUCCAUCCUCUGGUUCACUCUCCAGAUGGCUGCAACGGCCAGAGCUGCGCCAGUCCAAAGCCAGGAGCCAGGAGCUUCUGGGUCUCCCAAGUGGGUGCAGGGGCCCAAGGACCUGGGCCAUCUUCCACUGCUUUCCUAGGCCACAGCAGAGAGCUGGAUAAGAAGUGGAGCAGCCAGGACUCGAACCGGCGCCCAUAUGGGAUGCCAACACCGCAGGCGGUGGCUUCACUCACUAUGCCACAGCGCUGGCCUUGCAUUAUGUUUUAAGAAAGGGUCUUUGGGCUCCAAAGAAGAAAGACAUAACUCAUGCUGGGGCACGGGGUAAGGAGGCGAGUGCUCUUUAGGCCUGAGGCUAACAUCACUCUGAGAAAAAAGCUCGCUUCCGGAAGCCUGCAGGAGACAGCGGUGCCUCUGUGCUGCUGGUGAGGGGUGGCAGCCGUGAAAACCGCAGAUGAGCGUGCGUUCAGAGGCUCUGAACCCCUCCCACACACUCGGUGUCAAGUCCUCCACUGGGACAGCCGUGAGAGAGCCAGCCAGCUCUUGUCCAUCUGUGGACAAGUGAGAUGAGUGACCAGGCCCCUGCAUCCCUUUCUGUCCGGAACCCUGCCCACUGCCCCCUGACUCAUUCAGUAACCUCGCAAACAGACAAGAAAUCAAGGAUGUGCCCAUGAGCCCGUGCGUGUGACCGGCAGCUCCGGAGCACCAGCCGUCUGUGCAGCUCGCUGUCCGUGGGCUGGCUGAGUUCCGCAGGCUGGUUCUUGCGUCUCAGCUGGGCCUGUGUGUGCACCUGCAGGCGGUCAGGGAUUGGCUGGUCUGGCCUGUUUGAAAGCAGGCAGAGAGUGAGGUCCUCUGAAAGUAGCCAGAACCCACGGGGCCUCCGCGUGGGGUGGACACGGCUUCCCCUUCCUCACAUCCAAUCUUCAGAGGGAGUCUUGGCAGAGCUUCCGGGCGGGGGAAAGAGACUCCGCCCCGUGAUGGGGGCAGAUGCACAAGUCCCUAGGCAGAGGGCCCAGCCGCAGGGGGUGGCAGGUUUCUCCCUGGUACCAGCCACAGGGGGGAGACACAGGAGUCCCAGGACAAGUGUGGAUGACGGGAGGGCAGCAGGACGGAGGCCCCUUCUUGGUGAGUCCACGCGCCUGGCUGUGCUGCACAGACAGCGGGAACUCCGGAGUGGAGAGAGCCGGGCAGCAGUGAGCUCGUCUGCCCGUAGAGGCACAUCAUGUGAGAACGGAUUUAUCAGCUGCUCCGCAGGUGGCUGGUGCCUCCCAGGAUGUGAAAGCCAUUGGGUCAGGACGUAGCAGGCCCUGGGUUUCUUAUCCAUGGGAGUCUCGGCUGUUCUGUCCGUGACAAAGCUGCGGCCAGGGCUGGGACGGCCGUAGAGGGCCCACGGGAGCGUGUGGUCCGGCCCUGCCAAGGCUACGGCAGGCGGGACUCGCAAUCCAGUCAUCUGCAGCAGGUGGUGUGUAAGUUGGUCGUUGAGUGACGUUGUCCAUGUCCAAACGGCCCCGGGGGAAGAGGCUCCCCAGCCCUGCUCUGGACGCAGGACAGAGGACGAUGUUUCCCCAGGUUUGACCGCGAGACUUCCUGCACUCCCAGACACCUUUGCGUGCUGCCCACCCAGCUCGGGAAACGCCUCGCCUGGUGCGUCCUGUAAGGAAUUAGCAGCUUACUGAGAUAGCCCGCAGGGAGUCCGGGCAUUUGAAAAGUGGUCCAGUGCAGCGCUGUUGUGGCUCGUGUGUUUUCUAGACAGUUCUCUGAGGCUGCCCAGCUCACACUGGUCAUGCCUUCCCUGCCCAGGCCAGACCACCCUGGACUCCACACGGCCAGUGAUUCCACAGCUUUGCUAACCCGGCCUCUCCUCUCUGCC